CUGAAAUACAGGCCCUGAAAUGGUACAGCACCCUUGAACCUGGCUUGAAUCAUUGCCCAUCAGAUCCUGCUAGGGAGGAGAUCUUUCACAGAGAAAUUGAAGAGAAAACCAAUAAGUUACAACUCAGAAAAUGGCUUUCCCUUCAUGGGAACUGGUUUGGAGAGUUUAUUUUUUUACUAUUUAAACAAAACAAGCCUAUAUACCAGUAGUGUAUGGACUGGCUUCGUUCCCGUCACUCACUGUGCUAGAGGAGUGUUUAUGGAUGAAUCUUGAGCAUUUUGGAGUUAAUUUUCCUUGGUUCUGUAUGCCUCCUCUAUGGAGGUGCAGCCUGGAUGGACCAAAAGGAAGUGAUAACUUUGGCGUUGCUUUGCAGAUUUUUGGAAAAGACACAGUACUAACUGCAGAAGAACAGCUGGCAGAGAAGUUACAGUUUUCAAGCUAAACUUGGAGCUAGAAUACAUGUGUGGAACAUGGGUGUGGGGUUGUAAAUACAAACACAGCUGAUAGAUUUCUUGACAAAAUAAAAAUUCAGAAACUUUAAUGGCACUGUUGGCACAAGAAUGAGAGAAUGUGAUCUAGUUGUGCAUACAUUUCGGCUGGAAAUUGGACACCUCUGAAUGUCUUAGAGGAGCAAUUCUGCUAUAACCUAUCUGUUUACAGAAUGAAAAAGGAUAGGUGGUGUGAAAAAUAAGGCUUGACCAAAUAAUAGAAGCAACUGCACUGUUUACCAGUGACAGUCUGUUUCACUCCUCGGGCUGUUUCACUGCUUUAAAUUCUUGUUUAAUGUUACCCUUGAACUGGCAGUAAAGAUAACAGCCUGUUGCAGGAUGUGUUAGGAGUGCCUGCACUGUAAGGCCUGUUAAAUUUGUUACCUCUGCUCCUGCCAUUGCCCGAGGAGUGCUGAGACUGAAAUCUACACCUUCUGCAUGAGAUUCCUGCUGAAGUUACAUGAACAAGAAUACUGGUUCUCUCAUUCUGUCUGCCGUUAAAAUAAAAUUAUCGAAUUGUAAGCUGCCUCCUGGGAGAGGCAAUGAGAAACAUGCCUAAAAGUACCUCUUCUGGUGUGUUCUAGAAAACAGUUUUUCUAGUAUACUGUGUAUACUGCUUGGGGUUUUUUUCCCCCUUUCUGGUUGGCCCUCUUGGAUCAGAUGCUGUUACCUGUUUAAGGGAAGAAAUCUUAUUUAUUCAAUACGUGCAGUAGUUUGAUAACAGUAUAACCUCUUUUUAGUGUCCUUUUCAUUCCUGUGGAAGAGUGGUGAUGCCAAAAGCUUGUUCAGCACAGGCAGGGAGGGAUGCUGCACCAGGAAUUUUACUUGGGCCCUACUCUGCCGCUAUGGUUGUCCCAUAGGUGACCCCCAGUAGUGCUUUUGGGACAUGAGCCUGGCCCUGCCGUCUGGCCAGAAAUGUUCAGGUUCUUGAGAGCUGCUCUGAGGUUGGAUGGAGAAAGAGAGGGUGGGGUUCUCUGGCCGAGCUGGGGGAGGCGGCAGCAGCACAAGAGGAGGAAACGAAAGGGGGAGGCGAGCGCCUGGAGGAUCCAGCUGGUGCCACGCUGCAGGGCCAUGGCCCAGCCCGGAGCCUGUCAGGAGCAGGGACACAGAUUGCGUGACAUGAAUCUCUCUACCCAAAGGCUGCGUGUGCUCCCUCCCUCAGUCCUGAGCAAUUCCACACUGGAGAGCCUUGACCUUGACAGGAACAAGCUCAGGAGCAUCACUGGCAUUGCUAAGCUUUGCCACCUGAAGAAGUUGAUACUGUCCAAGAAUGAGUUUGUGGACUUUCCCAAUGAAAUCCAGAGCCUGGUCUGUUUGGAGAGGCUUGAGCUGAAUCAGAACCAAAUCCGGAUCAUCCCAGAGGGGGUUUUCUGCCAUCUCCCCAGGCUUAAGCACCUGCGGCUGAACAACAACCGUCUCUGUGCCCUCCCCAGGGACCUGGCAGCUUGUCGGGGCAGCCUCCAGUACCUCAACAUCUCCAACAACCUGUUCCGGACCUUCCCGCAGCCUGUCCUCCAGCUGGCACGCUUACAGGAGCUCCAUGUGCAGAAUAACGCCCUUCGCCAGCUCCCCAGGGAGCUCUUCCAGGGACAAUCCCUGAAAAUGUUUAAGGCCGGUGGGAAUCCUCUCCGGGAGCCACCCAGUGAAGUGUGUGCUGGUGGCAUUCAGCAGAUCCGGAAUUACUUCAGCCAACUUCAGCAUGGAUUGGGGCAGGAGGACAAGAGGGUCAAGACCAUGUUCCUGGGGGCCUCGCUGGCAGGGAAGUCCACCAUCUGCAGAAGCCUGAAGCAAGGGCAAUCCAAACUGGUGCCCAAGGAAGAGCGAACAGUUGGGAUAGAGAUCAGUGAGUUCCAGAUCGAGGACUUCACGUUUCUCUUCUGGGACUUUGCUGGCCAGCUGGAAUACUACAUGACUCACCAUGUGUUCAUCACCCCACAGGCGCUCGUCAUCCUCGUCAUCAAUCUUCACAUGUACCAAACUAACGACAAAAUUUUCAAGGAGCUCGUUGGUUUCUGGAUCAACAACCUGUCCAUGCGAGUCCCAAACUCAGUGGUGCUUCCUGUGGGGACCCACGUGGACUGCUGCCAGGAGCAGGAGGUAGCAGAGAAGACACAUGACAUCAUGGCCAGGAUCACAGCCAUGCUGGCAGAGAGAAAAAGCAACCUUGCUCACUUCAUCGACAACCUGGAGGGCAGCGAGGAGCCCAAGUUUUACGUGGACCAGUGGGAGAGGCUGAAGGAGAUGGAGAGCUGCAUGUUAACCAUCUUAAACUUAGUUCCUGUCAACUGCACGGAUCACCAUGACAUCAGAAAGCUUGAGGCCACUAUUUUGAAGCAUGUGAAGAACGAGGAGCUCUUCCCUGAGGUUGUCCGAGUGCUGCCGCCCAUCUACAGGCAGGUGGAAGCUGCCAUCGCGGAUAUUGCAGCGAGCGAGGAGAUGGCAGACCAUGGCAUGAUGGACCUCCAGUACCUACUCAGCAAACUCUCCCAGCGCGAGCACCUGGCCAGCCUGAACGGAGAGCUCCUCCAGGACAUCUUGCGGUACCUCCACCGCAUCGGGCUCGUCGUGUGGUAUGAGGAAAUCAAGCACUUGGAAAGCACUGUCUUCCUCCAGCCUACAUUUUUAAUAACAAUGUUCAAACUCCUGGUGCGGCACCACCUCGUCCAGCAGCUCGAGAGCAUCUCUGCGGAGACGCUGAUCGGGGAACACGCCACCAUCAGAGACAGGGCCAACUGGGUGUGCACCUUCAAGUCAAAGGCAAUGCUGUGCCACCAGGCUGUGCGUGCCUUGGUGAAGCACCAGCUCUAUUCAGAAGGGAUGUGGGAUGUCUUUGAGGAAAUCAUGGGUCACAGGCCUCACAGAGGGAGAGGGAAGCUCUUCAGCCUCCUGGAGCACUUUGAGCUCUGCCUGGAGGUGAAGCACACUGAAGCACUCAACCCACAGGCCAGGGAGUUUGUGCCUGGGAAGCUGUGGGAGACAACGCGGAGCCAAGGCAAGUCCUGGUACUUGUUCCCAACCUAUCUGAACCAGACAGAGGAAGUGUCUGAGGUCUGGGGAGGAGAUCACCCCGAGGACCUCCACAUCCGUGCCUACUUCUCACCCGAAAUACCGGAGGGCUUCUUCCAGAGGUUCCUGGUGAAAGCUUGCUCCUUCUAUUCCACACACUGGGUGGCCAAGGUGACCUGCCUGCUUGUAUGCAAUGGCAAACCUCUGCUGAUCAAAGAGAAUAACCAGAGGGCCUACAGCUACCUGGAGCUCCGUGGCAGAAAGCCAUCAGAAAGGACAGGGUUCCAGUUUGCCUGGGACUUCCUCGUGGCAGUUGUGCUCAUCGUCCAGAAGCUCGCUGAGGAGUGGCCGGGGCUGCACGUGUGUGUGAAGACUCCCUGCCGAACAGCCGGCUGUCCCGCAGAGUUCCUCUGGCCAGACAUGGAUGGCACAGGUGCCACGACAAAGGAAGAUGUUAAAACCUGCGGGACGUGUGGGCACCGUUUUGGUGCAGAGCUGCUCCUGCCCAAAGUACCCAGGCCACCGGAGGAGCCCCUGGCACAGCCCUCUGCUCACUAUUACGUGACAAGCUACGGGACCACCACCUUUGGGCCCAGCAGCAUCCAGGUCACUCGGCAGGUAAGGACACUGCUACCUCCCCUUGCCCAGGGACCAACAGUGAUGGUCAGGCUCCUGAAAGGAGGGCGUGCAGUUGCUUGCAGCCUGGGGAGGGCACACCUCAUCUUCAGACAGCCCUCUGGUUUCCACACUCCUCCCUGAAAUACCACCCCCUCUGCACCUCUGAGCUGGUGGUCUGGGUGUCUCGUGUUGUACUUACUGCCUUA